GCUCCAGGGUGAUGAAAAGGUUAAGCCUGCCCCCUCUCUGCUGCUCUCUCUCGGUUGCAGCCCCUCAGUGUGUCGCUGCCUCCUCCAGCAGCUCCCUCUUUACGCAGCAGCAGCUCCACACUCAGACCCAAACUUUACCUCGGUCUCUCCUCUCCUGUCUGCACCGCCUUCCUCCACCAUAUGUGUUUCUAGCUCCAUGAACAGCUCCCCCGGACGCAUGGAGAUCUAACUUUUGGUCACUUGUGGAGUUGGCUGUAUUGUUUUCUACACUCCCUUGGUUUGAUGUCUGCUCAUGCGUCGGGAAUGCCAUGGCCACUCCGAGCGCACAGCAGCAGCACCAGGAUUAUUUCAGGUCUGUGAGCAGCGAGUCCACCACCUACAUGAUGGUGCCGGCCGCCGGGCCCAGUGCGCCUCGGCGCCGGGAAGCACCGUCCAAAACCUGGGUGGCGAUGGUGGUGAUCGUGGUCGUGGUGCUGCAGAUAGCCUCCACCACCGGGCUCUUCCUCUACCUGAACAUGUCCAUAUCGCAGGUGCGUAGCCAGGGUGUGACAGAGGAGCUGAAGUGCCUGAGCUUGCUGAACCUGAAUCUGGAUAAAGACCAGGACAUCCCCGAGCAGCUGGCACAGCUUUUUGGAGAGCCAUGCAUCAAACUGGCCGAGGGCAUCAAAGCAUACAUCUCCAAGGUGACAGAGAACAUCAUCUCUAAACAAACCUUCAUAGAAGCGAGAACCAUGCCUCGCUCCUUCAACAACUCGGGGUCAAAGUUCAUGACCUCGGUGACCCAGAGGCCAUCUGCGCACUUGACCCUCAGAGACACGAGCCCUCAAGGGUUCCCUCCCUACCCGAUCCCCACGCCGGGUCUGCACCAGUCCUGCCGUCAUGUGGUGCGCACGUGGGCCAAUCAGAGCUUCGGAGCGCACCUGCACAACAUGACGCUGUCCAAUGGGAAGCUGCGAGUGCCUCAGGACGGGCGGUACUACCUGUACUCACAGGUGUAUUUCCGUUACCCGUCCCCAGCAGCCAGUGACGGAGACCAGCGCAGCGUCAGCCACCAGCUGGUUCAGUGUGUCUACAAGAAAACAUCCUAUCCGAGCCCCAUACAGCUCCUGAAGGGCGUGGGAACAAAGUGCUGGGCUCCAGACGCAGAAUACGCCCUUCACUCCGUCUAUCAGGGAGGAUUGUUUGAGCUGAGAGCCGGCGACGAACUCUUCGUUUCCGUCUCUUCCCCGAAUAUGGUCAACGCUGACGACUCCUCCAGCUACUUCGGCGCCUUUCGCCUCGACCUCUAAGAAAAGGAAGAAAGAAAGAGAUGGAUUAACGGGGUGGAGACAAUGAGUGAGGGGGCCUUUUUGAACAUCUGUCGAUUGGAAAAAAAAGUGUCAUUUUUGGGAUGAUGGAUCCUCAAAGUUUGCUCGGACGGAUACACUGAAGGAUGGAAAGGUUUCGCUUGAGUGAUUUUGUCUUCCUUACUCUCCCUUAAGCCAAACUGAACUUUCAAGACUAAGAUAUACAAAGAUACAUGUGCAAUCACGCGAAAACACGUUAAGAAUAUGGAUUUUUUUCAGGGGGAGGAAAACUCCUUUUGGACGUCAGAAAAGAACCACAGAAAAAUCUUACUAGCCCAAAGAAUUCGACCACCUAAAAUAACACAGGAGUCGCCCACAUCUGCUGCCUAUAUGUGGGAAGCAAUCAACCCCUCGGAGACCGAAGAAUGUACACACAAUAAAAACUCAAUCCACUGCGAAUGUGGAGAAGGACUAAGGAGUGACAGCAGAAGGAAGUCAACUGAUCAAACCAAAGCUUUUUUUUUUGUAAGCGUGCCAUGAGAGUUCUGUACAUAUGAAUGGCUGAGAAUGAGGUUUAUACAAUGAGCUGUGGUGAUUUUAAUUCAUGUGUAUUUGACCUUGACUGGACUUUAAACCACUUUGAUUUUGCGGAGGACUUUCUACACCACUAGUGGAUUUUAUGCAAAGACAUUUUUUAGGAGGAGGAUAGCGGAUUGUUUUCUUUGUACUGGAUACAGUAAGAGGACUGUAAGAAACAACAUGGAGUGCCUUUUUGGACAGUCUGUAUAAGACAUGUUGUAAAAGGACUGAAGAAUGAGCCCAGCAGAAGAUGAAAGGAGGUAUGCAGUCGGUGUUGUUGAUACUCUCUUCUCUUGUAAAGAAUUUUAAAUAUCUCGUCUUUCUCGUCUACCUUGUGGAGCUGCAUUCAGUUUUAUUUUAAGGAUCAGUUAAGCAACCAAACACCAAACCAAAAACUCACACAGUAUGGGAACAGGAUAAGAGACAUAUGCAAAUAGGCUAGUUGCACAAACAUGUUCACUGAGCGUAGUUUAGGUGGUUUUCAGAUCAAAAGAAAAAGGUUUCAUUCAACACUUGUUUUAACAUUAGUGGAAGAGCCAUGUUUCUACUUGGUGGUAGGAGCUGCUUUGCAUUGAAAUAUUCUCACUGAAAUGUUAUUACAAAUACAUAGAGUUAACAGUUUGGACCUGCAAAUAACUCGAAUAUAUCAAAUGUUUCCACUAUUAUUUAAAAAAGUCUUCUUUAGAAUUGAAAUAUUUCAUUUUUUUCACUUUUUGUGCUAAGCUAAGCUAACCGUCUCCUGGCUGCAGCUUCAUAUUUAACACAGAUCUCUGAAAUCAGUAUCAAACUCAUUGAAUUAUAAGCAAAAUAGCAUCUUAAGUGUCAAACUAUUCCCUAAAUAUGCAACCAACAGUCACUUGUGAGUUGCCAAACAGAUGUGUUUUAUCAAAAGUGUCAUAGUAAGUGAAGUGCUAACAAGAAAAAAAAUGUCAUUUUGGGGUUUUUAUGGAGUCGAAUUGUACUUUCAGACACACUUCCAGCUGUUGACCAACAAAUGAAAACCAGUCUUUUGGAAACACUGAUUCAUUCACAGGGACACAUGCAAACAUUUUGCCCGAUUCUGAACGGAAACACACAAUAAAAGCACCAAACAGUUCAGCAAGCGAACACAGAAAGGUGCAUUUUGGGGAAAACACAGAUUCAGUAAUAAGACGCAGACGCAUAUAAAAUAUUUGUGAGUGGUGAGAGAGGCUGUGCAGACACAAACCAUGCACAGACUAGCACAGACUCAACCCUACACGCCUCCUUUCUGGCACCAACAUGUACACACACACACAAAAGGAGAUACACACACAACAUCCAGGCUAGUCUACGCUCCACAGACACACACACACAC